AUGAAGAUUUCAAAUUCUGCGGUGCCCGUGUACACCAUCAGCGGUAGUGAGGCCCGUCCGCUGCCCGAGUGGCUCAUUCGCCGCAGGAAACGGAGCCUGAAAAACGACCCCGAGUUUGCGAAUCGCGUGGAGCUGCUGCAGGAUUUUGACUUUGAAGAGGCCAGUCAGUGUGUGCGAGUGAGCGAAGAUGGCGAUUGGGUCAUGUCUACAGGCACAUACAAGCCGCAAAUACACGUCCACUACCUCCCCCAUCUGUCUCUUUCCUUUGCCCGCCACACAAACAGCCUGAACCAGACCUUCCGCCUGCUGUCGAGCGACUACACCAAGAGCGUCCACCUGCAGUCCGAUCGCAUGAUUGAGUUCCAUACCGCAGGCAAUCUCCACUACACGAGCCGCAUACCUCGUUACGGAAGAGACUUGAUAUAUGACCGAAGAUCUGCCGAAUGUCUGGUGCCAUCGGUGGGUGUCAAUGCUGACGGCAUGGGCGAGGCCUUCCGACUAAACUUGGAAGUGGGGCGCUUCAUGAGGAGUUAUGACAUCGACGUGGGAGGUGAUGAGCUCGGAAGUGGAACCCUACAAGGGGGAAUCGAUGCUGGUGCGGUAAAUACAGGUGCGAUUGCCGAAGACAGCCAUAAUCUGCUUGCCUUUGGUACGUCGAUAGGCACAGUCGAGUUCUGGGACUCGCGAUCAAGAAACAGAGUGGGCAUACUGUCUUCACCACAAGAUGCCUUCGAAGGCCGAUCCGAGAUUACUGCCCUUACCUUUCCUCGAUCCGGUCUCGAAGUCGCAGUAGGCGACUCGAACGGGCUGGUGCACCUGUACGAUUUGCGCUCGCCAAAACCGACCGUCAAAAAGGACCAAGGGUAUGGCUUUCCCAUCAAAAACAUCGUCUACCUCGAUUCCACCACCUCCACCCGUGGCCAGACCACCGAACCCAAAAUCCUCACAGCAGACAAGCGCAUAAUUAAAAUUUGGGAUCCUCGUGAUGGCGCAUCCUGGACUUCUGUCGAACCAGCUGUAGAUCUCAACCACGUAGAAUGGGUAAAAGACACUGGCAUGCUCCUCACGGCCAAUGAAGGCAAGCAACAACACUCCUUUUUCAUCCCACAACUUGGGCCUGCCCCAAAAUGGUGCGCCUUUCUCGACAACAUUGUCGAAGAAAUGGCCGAAGACCCCAACGACCCCAAUGCUUUUGGCAAAGGCUCCGCCGGAGAAGUCUACGACAAUUUCAAAUUCCUCACCAUGCCCCAACUCAAACAACUCAAUCUCGACCAUCUCGUCGGAACCACCAGCCUCCUGCGCCCCUACAUGCACGGCUACUUUGUUGCGCAAAAACUCUACGAAGAAGCACGGCUCAUCUCAAACCCGGAUCUCUGGCAAGAACAGCGGACAAAGAGCAUCGCAGAGAAGAUCAACAAGGAGCGCGAAUCCCGGAUCCGCGGAAACAAAAAAGUGGCUGUCAAGGUCAAUCGGAAACUUGCCGAGAAGCUCCUGGAGAAACAAGAAGAAAGGGAGCGCCGUCGGGCCAAACGUGUCCUCGCAAAGGGUGGAGACGACGACGUCACAAUGCCAGACGCAGACGCAAACAACAAAAACGAUACCAACGAGCCCUCUGUCGCCCCCGCCGUCCAAACCACCGAUAAACCAGGCGACUCCGCCCUCACCGACCCCCGUUUCGCACGUCUCUUUGAAAACGAAGACUUCGACAUCGACGAGCACAGCCACGAAUUCCGCUCCCUCAACCCCAGCACCACCAUCUCCGCCGCCACCAGGCUCCCCAAAGGUCUCACAGCCGCCGAACAAGAAGACCUCGAAUCCCACCACUCCUCCGCCUCCGACUCCGACUCCGAUUCCGAGCCCAAACAACGCGCAUGCAAAUCGCAAAAGAAAACUCAGGACUCGAGGGAUACUACCCGCAUCUCCUCCUCCACCUACAAGAAAUCAGGCCACAACGAUCCCCGCACCGGCGCCCCACCACAAAUGCUCGUCUCCUCCUCCAACACACGCAACACGGGCGCCGCCGCCAACGCCAAGCGCGACAAGUCUUUUGCCCGCCGCGUCGAGAAGCUGCAGCUCCAGGACAAGGCAAACGCGCACAGGCAGGGUGCGCAGCGCUCGACAACGACGGUGGUUGGGGAGCGCGAAAUCACGUUUGCGCCUGAACGCAAGGCGAGGAGGAAGAUUGGGCAGGGGGGUGGGAGUGGGGAUGCUGGGGAUCAAGGUGCAAAGUAUGAGGCGAGGACGGGGAGGCGGAAUGCGAGUAAUAAUGUUUUUAGGGGGUUGUGA